CACCCCUCACAAAAUAACAAAUCAAAUAAUUAGAGAGAGUUAGACAAAAGAGAGAGAAGAGAGAUCACAAAAACUGCUCUGAUCUGCUCUCUUGUCAUUCAUGCAUCUGUGAUUAGAUGAUAUAGAGACAACACAAAUAAGAUUAUGUUGUCACAAAAAUCAUCUUAAUCACAGAUUCAUGAGAUGAUGUUAAUAAAUUGGCGCUAGUCUGAUCUUGGUAAAAAAAAAUAAUGGAGGUACAGCGACUGAGAGAAUUGAUUAGAAUGUGGUCUACCUUGCAGAUCAACCAUCUCUCGCUUGUUGGUGGAAACCAUACCGCUGCUAGAUUCUGCACUCGCUAGAACCCAAAUUUUCUUGUGACUAGCUCCUCCACUCUCUUUCUCAAAAUAUUCUUUUUCUUAAUUAUACUUGUUCUUAUACCUUUGUCGUCUUAAACAUUAUUCUAUUCAUUUAUUCUAUCUAUUAAUUGUCUCAAUCGUCAUAUCAUAAAUAUGGCGUUCGAACUCAUCGGUGUCAUUGCAUUGAAAUCAAAACACUAUGUCAACUUCAAGAAAAGCAUUAUCAAGCAUUUGCCUAAAAGCCCACGUUACUUUAUCAAUAGGCUCAUCCCAAGUUUCAAGUUCAUGAAGAUUGUUUUUUGUUUGUUCCUCAUGAUAUUCGCAUUUGCCACCUUGAAUAGCAUCAUGAGAUCGUCUUCCUUCAAAUUUGAGAAAAUCUCUUAUAAAGAAACUCAACAGAAGGAUCUGCUUACCGAAUCUAUUGAUAAGCAGAAAGUUAGCUACGAUUCGGUCAACAUAGACCAGCUAUUGGGUGUUCUUUUCCAUGACCUUACAAACGAAGGGCUCAAGAAACCUACCCAGCGCAAUGCAAUUUUCAUGACCAAUGAUAACAAUGCAGAUCCAGGAAUAGGGCCUAGCAUUGUUUCUGAGUACAACAUGGAACUUGUUUUGUUGAGUGAUUUGGAGAAGCAGAAGAACGUAAUCGACAACAGUGUGGACUUUGUUUUCACCACAGAUUUCCCGGCGGCUUCAAAGUUCAUCGACAGGACACUGAAAGUUGAUGGGGUUGUCGCCUUUCUCGCCCGCGAUAACCCCUCGGGGAAACUCUAUAAGCCUUCCAACUACAAGAUGGUUUAUGUGAGGCGCUUGAAUCUCAUUGCUGUGGCCAUGAUAAAAAAGGAAGAACUUGAUCAUCAUGAUCAGCCACCGCUAAUGGUGGCUGCGCCUAGAAAGCUUUUUGGCUACUCCUCCGACGCAAAGCAAGCUGCACUGCGAAACCUUGAAGAUGUCUUGUUAGAGCCUCCAAGAGCCUCAUCGGGAAAAUCAAGACAAUAUUUGAGACGCGUUAAAUAUCUUCCAGAUUUGAUGGGUGAUUCGUUGGAGAGUUAUCCUCGUAGAGUUUUCAUUGAUGUGGGAUUGGCGGAGAAAGAAGGAGAAAGAAAAAGUGAUUGGUUCCACAAGAAUUAUCCAACAAGGAACAAAAAUUUUGAAAUAUACAAGAUAAAUAUCGAGAUGAUUACGGCGGAAGAGGCGUUGGCGAAAGAGAUGCCAAAGCCAGGAAUGUCAGAUUGGCUGCGGAAGAAUGUGAAAGAUGAAGAAUUCGUGGUGAUGAAAGCAGAAACAGAGGUGGUGGAAGAAAUGAUAAAAAGAGACACUAUUGGACUGGUGGAUGAGCUUUUCUUGGAAUGCAAGCCACGUCAAAAACAAGAGAACAAUAGAAACCGUAGGGCUUAUUGGGAGUGCUUGGCACUCUAUGGAAUGUUGAGGGAUAAAGGUGUAGCCGUACAUCAAUGGUGGGGUUAGAAACUCAAAAGAAACACAACAACAAUGGAUAUUUUGAUAUCUUGUUUAUUGUAAUGUUUGCAGUAAGAGAAUUGUCUUAUUGCACGUGUGUGUAGGUAUGAAAAACAAAAUAAAUAGAUACUCAAAAGAGUUGAUUUUUUUA